AUGAUUCCUACAGUUGUAGUAUAUGUUGUGGUGCUCUUCUUACUGUCCUGUGGUAGUGAAGCUUCACGCAUUUCUCAGGGGUUUGAUCGUCCUACUGUUAGAAGACAUGUGGAAAAUUUUCGUGACAAUGCAGGCUUAUUUCCUGACGAUGAUUCCCCUCUCACUUCCUCAAGGCGACACUUCAUCACCCUCCAGGAAUGGCUGUACCUCCCAGAGUCUCAAGAAAUAUCGAAAACUUUGCAUCACUCGCAAAUCGAAGAAAGAAAGGGCACGGGCUCAGGGGACAAAGGGAAGACCUAUUUCUCAGGUUUUACUCGUCCUGAAAUUUUUGGAAGGGAGUUUCCACAACUAUAUAAAGCCGAUUCUUGCGGCAGAUACGUUGUGAUAGAACACCAACAUCCCAAAUCUUUACUAAAUGACAUCGAGGAACAGAUGCAAAAAGGCGAUGCUGUAGGCCAAAACGUGCCUCUUCGGUUUCAGAAGCGUCCUCGGAUUCAGGCGGACACACUUUCUGUUCUAAGACAUAGUGAACUUGAGGUUCACGUCAUCGACUCGAGACACGUUUUAGCGUACCUACCUACUGGCGACGAAAGCGAUAUCGCUGACGCGUUAGCAUCACAACCCAUAACCCUCAGGGAUUCCUUAGGAGAGUGGAAAGUAAUUGACGUGUACGGCGGGAAGGGCAGUGUAAAUUCAAGAGCUGAGUUGUUUCUUUUCAAGAUCUCUAGACCUUUAAAGGAGCUCUUGACCGCUGCCCAAGACUGUAAUAGCGAAAACUGCGACGUGUUUGCUUCACAAGCGAGGAAACUCUCGAUACGAAUAUCCUCUCUGUAUCCAUCUUCUAUUCCUUCCCAAUCCAUGCAAGAACUACGUAUUAUCGUUUCCACUGCUCGUGGCCAGUCCCAACGGGUUGCUGCAGAUCUCUCUCGUAUUAGUUCAAUUCAAGAUGUCGACUAUAAGGGUAUUGAAAGCGACGUUGUUAGAGCAGAGCCAUUUACGCCCCCUGGUGCUCUAGACAGCAAUACUUGUAGAUUUUCGGUUGCAGUACCAACAGGUUUUCUCGGUGAAACAGGGGGGAUUGUGCAGGUGAAUCUUACGUUUCCUCUGCUAGAUGUAGCGGCACAAAAUAAUUCAUAUAACCUCACAUCCGAUGUACUGAAGUAUGCACGUACCUGCGUGCUUAAGGUCUUGAAAAUUGCUUACCAUCCUUCUGUGCGUUGGCUCGAGACGAGCCCUCCGCGCGUGGAGUUGCUUAAUGACCAUGCCACUCAAAUUAUUCAAAGCGGCUACACUGGUCGUGUGAACUUGAGCCUGGCAACUCCGCUUUUGGAUGCAGGACUGAAUGGUACUGGGGAGAUAGUUGCCAUUUAUGAUACUGGUGUGAAUGUCGAAAGUUGCUACUUUCACGACCCAAAACAGCCAGUCGCACACUACCCAGACGUGAAUCUCAAUCACCGGAAGAUUAUUUCGUAUCAUGCGUUUCACGUACCUGGAACGAAGCAUGACGACUAUUAUGAUGGUCCAGAUGGCCACGGCACCCAUGUUGCAGGCAGUGCCGUGGGCUCCGUGUUCUUUGAUUCUCAUACCACUCGAAAUUAUCCAGAGGACAUGAUGCAAUUUUCGCGCUAUAACGGAGUAGCACCAGGGGCCAAGCUUUUUUUCCGUGAUUUGGCUUCCAACACCUCAAGAAUUUUGAGUAUUGACCCUGACUGUCAUAAAUUAUUUUAUUCUGGGUAUAAAAGCGGGGCUCGAAUCUUCUCCAACUCGUGGGGAUAUGCAGGCAGUACGGAGUAUUCCUUGGAAGAAAAGCUGAUGGAUGCCUACAUCUAUGAAUACAAAGAUGCUUUAUUUUUGUUUUCAACUGGCAACCUAGCAUCUCAUAUUAUUUACAGACCCGCUACUUGUAAAAACGUUCUAUCAGUCGGCGCCCAUUAUAAUUCGUUCGACCCUAUAUAUCAAGACAUAAUACCAAAUUAUUCUUUCGGUCCGACAUACGACAACCGGCAGAAGCCAGACUUAGUCGGUCCGGGGGGUUUGAGAGUGAUAUCAGCCAGAUCAAAUUCCAAAUGCGGUACUAUAAUUAAGUCAGGGACUUCUAUGGCUACUGGAUUAGUGGCGGGGGCGGCGGCUCUUGUACGUGAGUACCUGCGCACGCGGCUUGCCAACAACAUGCCCUCUGCCUCAUUGAUGAAGGCUCUGAUGAUUCAUAGUACUGCUUUCUUGAUCCAGCGACAAAGAAGUGGUUUUGGACGUCUAGAUCUUUCUAUUGCGUUUGGCAAUCAUCGUCUUCGUACGAAGAGCACCAUUGCCAGGGUAGUGGCGGCGCAGCCACAGCUGUGGAUGGUAGAGAGAAAGGCAAUUUCGGAUAGGGAGACACACAUGUACUGUUUCUCUGCUAUCGAUCCCAUCACACUUAAAAGUGUAUUCAGUUCUGAUGAUGCAAUUGCAGCUGAUUUGAAUCCUGAAACAAUAAUACUGAAGGCUACCUUAGUGUGGACAGAUAUCGCGCUCGCACUGGAAGGCUCGAAGCGUAGUUUAGUGCAUGAUCUUGACCUUGCCGUUGUCGACUAUGCGGGCAAAAUAUAUUAUUCCAAUACAGAUCAGCCCGAGGAGAAGUUUUUGGAUCGUGCAAAUAAUGUGGAGCAGGUGCGGAUUGAGCUGACGGAAAACCUUUCUACCAGCUUUCGCGUACUAGUCUACGGCAGCGAAAUUCGUGGUAGCCAAUUCCAAGAGUACUCUCUUGUCGUCUCCGCUCCUGGCUUAAGAGCAAAAGCAAACUGCGCAGCUGAGUUUGCGCGUCUGGAGCAGAGUAACACGCAUGUGCGAUGCCCUGGUAACUGUAGCGGCACCAACGGUGCAAUGUGUCUUCCCGACAGCCGGCAGUGUGAGUGUUCCCAAAACUACUACUACUACGACUGUUCUUUGUGUGAUGGAAUGACUUACUGCAAUGGCCACGGUGUCUGCAAUUCUGAGACAAUGACCUGUACUUGCUUCCCUGGUACACAUUUUUCGGAUCCUCACUGCAGUGUUUGUUCGGAAGGCUGGUAUGGACCGAGAUGUGAUUUUAACUGUCGUUGCAUGAAUAACGCCACAUGUGAUAAGUCUUUAGGGGUGUGCAAAUGUCCACAAGAUCGCACAUACGGCGGCGGUGGUUGCUACGCGGGACGGUACUGUGACCACUGCUGUCGCGGUUUCGCUGGCAAACACUGCAAUGAACUAAGCUACUGGUGCGAUGAGAGAGGUUCCAUGGUAGAAGUGAAUGAUACGAGAGGUGGGUACAUUCAGGUCACUGGAUUGAAUUACUAUUCUACCAUUAUGAGAUGUAAAUGGUUCAUUAAGGCACCGCUGGGAAGUCGAAUCUUACUUAAUUACAUUGAGUUCAAACUCAUGGACGAACAAAAUACCCUGUUUCUAUACGAUCCAAUGUCUGAAAAAGGCCUGGACGCCCCUUUGCGCGCUGAUAAGGGGAUUUUAGACAAUCAGGUAGAAGUAAAGUCGAUCGGAAAUACCUUGUAUCUUGUGCUUCUCCAGCCUAUGACCGUUUCGGAGGACGGUUUUCUUCUUCGUUAUAGAUUUUUCCCUCAGACGGGUUGCGAGGUCGGCUGCAAGACCUCACUCAAUCUGCCUAAGGAUGCCCCACCAAUUCUGACGUGUGGUAGUAUGCUGAGACUUUUAGAUUGGUGUAUUUGCGUUCCUCCUCGAGUGGGAUGGAACUGCAACACCACUAGAGUCAACUCGAACUCCCUGGUCAACAGCAGCGAGGUUGUAAGACAACAAUCGCGUCCCCGAUUCAGUUUCCUUAGUUCUGAAACGCUUCUGGUAUUGGAUACGUUACCAUUUGAAGAGACAUUACGUGGCAUGAUCAGCGUGGGAUCCAACAGAGGUACAGGAAAGGGCGGGAUAUGGGAUAAUAAAGCGGACCCCGUCUCUGACUCUGAGUGGGCUUUUCGGACGAUACCCAUGGAGGGUAUCACUCACAUGCCAUUAGUAGUAAACGGCUACUCACUACUGCGCGUGUGUGCACCUAUUAGCACGAGCUCCACAUCUCUGUCAGAUGUGAACAGUAAAGGGCUCACUGGGUUUGUGAAUCUUACGCUUAUUCCUAUUAACAGCACGUGGAUGUAUGGGGUACAUGGACUUAAACUAGGUCUUGCGCAAGUGCAUGAACUGGAUUCUGAUUUCUUGUUCAGCAAUUUUUCCAAGAUGCAGUUGUUAGACCUUUACACAUGCUGGAACAAAUGGGCUUUAUCCAUGCUAGUUCCAUUCAAUGUGAACACUUUGGAGGGCGACAAGGAGGGAGGGUUGUGGGUCAUUACAGAGCUACUUGUUACGCUUUUGUGGAACGCCAGUGUACCUGUUACGUGGCAACAUAAAAAGCAUCUGACUGCGGAUGUGUUAGUGCUAUCGAAUGCGCUCAGCUACAACACAUCGUCGAUGGGGGCAAAUUCCUCUGAGUUUGCUCAUGCUAAUGAAUCUGAUAGAUUUGUUCACUACGACAAAGCUCAGUCCGUGGUGGAGGUGGAUUUUCAACUCACUUGCGGUCCCCCUCAGGGCCUCAACGUGGGACCGGGACGCCUAUUGAGUCAAUCUUGCAUAGAAAAAGUGAACAAAUUUAUAUACGUACGCCAUAAUUAUCUGACUACAGUGCAGGUUGUCUUGCUUAUCAUUUUUUGCUUCGUAUGUGUGACAGGAAUCACCUUGUACAAAAACAUUCAUGCAGGGUUGGUUUGGGCGCCUGGGGUUGAAUUUUGCGUUAUAGGUAAUAACGACGAAAAUAGCACACCGAAUCAAGCUGGUGAGGAAUUUGUCGUAUCAACAACUGAUAAUAUGAAUUUGGUUGAUGACAACAAAAUCGUGAUCAGUAAAGUGAGCGAAUCACUUCAAACAUCAUCAAUGCAGCGAGAGGAAGGCUCCUAA